CGCAGUCGGGCAGCAUCAGGUUGAGUCCGCAUGUCCAAGGGGCUCCAUCAGAUCAGUUGGCCCGUGCGCAUAUACGAGAUCACAGGCCCAGUCCACAAUGUCCACGCUGGAAAACGAGGUAACGUUCCGCAAGCAGGCGGAGGUGAGCCAGAGCCUGGAGGCGCAGUUCGAUAGCUCGUCCACGGACUUCAUUCUGAUCACCGACCACCGCACCUCCAAGUCCAAGAGCCUCGAGCAGCUGCAGGCCUCCAAACAGGAUGAGUCAUCCGCCUCUUGCUGUUCGCGCUACGUCCGCAGCAUCUUCCGUAAGAAGACCCUGAAGAAGCGCCUGCCCAUUCUCACCUGGCUGCCCCGCUACAACACCCGCGACUGCAUCGGCGACCUUCUCGCUGGCUUCACCGUGGGGCUUACGGUCAUUCCCCAAGGUCUGGCCUACUCGGGCGUGGUCGGUCUACCCCCAGAGUAUGGACUCUACGGCUCUUUCAUGGGCUGCUUCGUGUACGUCCUGCUGGGCACCUGCAAGGACAGUACCAUCGGCAGCACGGCAGUGGCUUCCCUCAUGACCUUCCAGUUCGCUCAGGGCUCCUGGCAGCGUUCCGUGCUGCUGACCUUCCUCACGGGCAUCAUAGAGAUCUUCAUGGCUAUCUUCAAGCUCGGUUGCCUGGUGGAGUUUGUGUCGGGCCCGGUUAGUGCGGGAUUUACCAGCGCCGUCGCCCUAAUCGUGUCCACCUCACAGAUGCGAUCGAUGCUGGGGGUGAAGAGCGAUGGUGACUCAUUUCUGGAGACCUGGAUCAGCAUGUUCAAGGACAUUGAAAACAUCCGAGUGGCGGACACGUGCCUAGGCUUCGGCUGUCUCUUCCUGCUGCUGGCGAUGCGUAGCCUUGGCAGAAUCGCAAUUGGCCCCAAGGACGAGUCUCGCAGAAACGGAUUCCAGAAAGUCUUCAACCAAGUGAUCAAGUUCUUGGCCACCUCCCGCAAUGCCACGAUCGUCAUCAUCUUCACGCUGAUCACCAUGCACCUGGACGACAAGGGAACUAAUCCCUUCCGUCUCACCGGCCACAUACCGAAGGGCAUGCCAACACCCUCGCUGCCGCCCUUUUCCAUCGAAGCACAGCCGGGCAAUGCCACUGCCGGCAUCCCACCCGUGCCCGGCCAGAACUUUCUGGAGAUGGUGCAGAGCUUGGGCUACGGCCUGCUGAUUGUGCCCAUCAUGGCCCUGCUCGAGACGAUGUCCGUGUGCAAGGCUUUCGCCAAGGGAAAGCAGAUCGACAUUACCCAGGAGAUGAUCGCGUGUGGCGUUGGCAACAUUGCUACCUCCGUCUUCUCCGGCUAUCGCUGCAACGGCGGCCUGGCACGCUCUGCUGUAAACAACGCCAGCGGCUGUCGCACGAACAUGUCCAACCUGUACAUCGGCAUCAUCGUGGUGCUGGCCCUCAACUUCCUCACCGAGUACUUUGCCUUCAUUCCAAAGGCGGUGUUGGCCGCCAUCAUCAUCUCGGCGGUAAUUUUCCAGGUCCAGUACCAGGUCGUCACGCCCAUGUGGCGCAGCAAGCGCUCCGAUCUAGUGCCUGGGAUCCUGGCCUUCGUCACCUGCCUGGUGCUGCCUCUGGAGAUCGGCAUCAUGGUUGCCAUCGGGGUGAAUCUGCUCUUCAUCCUGUACUACGCGGCCCGUCCCAAGGUGACGCUGGAGCAGCUCGAGACGCAGCAGGGCAUCCGCUUCGUAAAGAUCACCCCCGACCGCUGUCUCAUCUUCCCCUCUGUGGAAUUUGUCCGCAACAUGGUUCUCAAGUCGGGCAGCAAGUCCACCCUGCCGGUAGUCAUCGACUGCACCUACAUAUACGCCGCUGACUUCACUGCAGCCAAGGUAAUCUCCUCCAUGGUGGAUGACUUCCGACUGCGCCGCCAGAAGAUCAUCUUCUUCAACCUCAAGCCCAGUGUGGUCAGCAUCUUCGAGGGCCUCAACACCCGUCUGGUGCUCUGUUACAACACUCACGCCCUAAACCAAGAGCUUCGGCCAGAAGAGGACCUCUCUCGCUCUGUGGACUCCUUGGAGCGCGUGGAGGCGGGUCCCGGCACCAGCGAGUGCGUGAGCAUGGCCAGCACCCUCUCAUUAGCCAAGAGCUAGUCGCCGUUUUGAUCUGAAUAAAGUUAGAUGUAAUGAAUUGAGUA